AUGCGCGGCGAGCCAUCGCAUCCAUCCAUCCAUCCAUCCAUGUCUCCCUCCCUCUGUCCUUCCAUCUCGUCAUCCACUCACACUGCCGGUUGCUUUUGCUAUCGAUACGCGGCUUGGCGCCUCACUCAACAACCACCACCUCGUCCAUCCUUCCCCUCCCCCUGCCCAUGCAUCCCACACCCAAGGAACCCACGGCGUUGA